CAUAGCGCCUCGCAGAGGGCAGCCGCAAAAGCCGCCCCAGCCACCACACCAGCCACAAAGGAUGUACGCCGGCUACAACCAGUACGAGCUCAAGGGCGUGCGCAUCGGCAACUGGGUCGACGAGGCCGCUCUGCUCGAGGCCACGGGGCAUAAUAGAGGCCCGCGCCCCGGCGAACCGGACUUCGGCAUCGAUAACCCCGAGAGAGUCAUCGGCGCGCCCGGCGCCACGCACCCGAAGGACUGGCAGUCGGACUACCAGGCGGGAUUUAUUGAUCACACGGGCCGCGACAACUACCGGCCGAUGCCCGACCAUGGACAAAGGGAAGCCUUGCGACGACAGGCCGUCGCGAAGCGCGUCGAGGAGGAGAUGGCCGCCGAAGAAAUGGAAGAAACGAGGCGAAGGGACUCCUUUGCUGGCAUGGAAACGGUGGCCCAGGCCUCGUACCAGAAGGCUUCGACCCAGACCUACAUCGACGCGCGGAAUGCGGUGCGACCGAAGAAGGCCAAAGCGCCAGGCUUGCCCUGGGAGGAGUUCGCGGCCAAGAGCGUGUUUGAUGACGUCGCGACGACGAUCUAUGAAGAUGCAGUGGAGCUCGGGAAAGCGCACCACUUUGUGGGUGCGGGCCACCUGGAUUCGGCGUCGGGCUCCUUCGGCAAGAACACGUCCUUCACGGCGGACAUCCACGACCCCGUCAAGGGCCACGCCGACCCGACGCGCGACGACGAGUCGCUCUGCGCCUAGGCUUGCUGCGCGUAACUAUCAAGAUAUC